CUGACUGAAUCAUUCCUCUCGGGUAAGACUCGGCCAUUUUUCCUCAGUGCCAUGGCCCUGGAACUGCGCGAUGCUUCAGAAGGCAAGAUGGUGUCGGAGCGUUUUCAAGAGCUGAAGAGUCUCCUGGUGCAGCUGGGAGAGCUCGCGUGGCGCCAAGGUACUACCGCCAUUGAAGAGGCUUGCAAAGUGCUGGACAUUGCUUACAAGGAGUCGGAAAUCCUGGAGAUUUGCGAAGAGAUUUCUGGCGGGACAUUCGAGACGCAGGGGGAGCCCUUGGAUGUCGCUGUCUGCGAUUUUCUUGCUUACCUGCUCCGCUCCACCCCGGCCGAGCAGGAGUUCGAGUCGUUGAACCCCAGCGAGAACGCCACGGCCAUCCAUCGACUCGAAGAACGGGCUCUUCCCCUCCACUACUUCCGGGCUCUCUUCCGCUUCGCGGAAGGUGUCAGCUACAACGGGGAGCUUUGGUAUGACCUCGAGCAGCACCUGCCGAGUAUCAAGCUGCCCAAGCUGAACAUCUACCAGGUGCAUCAUUGGAUCAUCGAGCCCCUCACCUUUCGCGAAGACUUCAGCUAUGCGGAAGUGGUCAUCAACGAGACAAAGCCUCCAAAGCGGAUCUGGUUCAUCUCCCACUGGUGGGGCGAGGCAAUGUGCAACUUCGUCCAAUGCCUUGCGAAACACAUCGAUAUCCGAAGGAUGUCCGUGUCAAGGACUGCCUACUGGGCGGCUUGGGCCGCCAUUGGCCCCUCAGAUGCUGCGCCCACGGGCCGCGCGACGGCCGCGGCCGACGCACUGCUGACAGCGCGGGUGCUGGCACCGCGGCAAGUGCUGUUGAUGCUUGGGCCCGAGGGUGAGGCCUUUCGACGGAGCUGGUGCGUCUUGGAGAUGGCGGUGGCCACCGGCUUGGGGGAGGCUCGGAAGGAUCACCAGAAGCCGCGCAGCGGCACCUUAGACUUGGUCACGAUGCGCCCGGAUGUCCGGCUUCCGGUGGUGUUGACAGACGGGCUGACGGAGGUGGAGGAGGAAUGGGAAGCGAAGCACCCUGGUAUGGGGCACAUUGGCAAGACCGACCGAGAGAAGAGCUUCCCUUUGGAGGCAUUGCAUACUGGCCUCGGCGUGGAUUUCGCAUCAUGCAAGACCUCCGUGCCGGCUGAAAGGACAUGGAUCUACCACUUCCUGGAGAGGUUGGUCCUUGUUGACGAGCCGGCGAGCGCAGAGGGCAUCAGCCGCCACCUCCGGAGCUUUUUCGCCCGCACUGCGGUGGUGCAGGUGCUCAACAGGCAGCUCCCAGUGGCACCCUACUUGGCGGUGAUUGCUCAGAACGUUGUGCAGAAGGAGUUGACACUUCCCUGCCUCGCUCAUGUCUUGGAGGAUCCAGAGACCUUUUUGUCGUUAUUGUCCCAGUCCUUGGCCAGCUUGACGGAGCUGGAAAGCCUGAAGUUGGACUUGGGAUGGCGGAGCAUCUAUGCCAAUGGCCACGUGUCGCACCUGGCCUCUGCAGAGUGUUUGGCCGAAGGGCUCCGAAACUUGGGCCAUUUGAAGGAACUCGCACUUCGGCUCAAUGGUUGCGUCAACUUGCUGCACCUGGGCUGGUCGCCAGCGCCGCCCACGCUGACGCUGCAACGCUUGGAGUUGCGACUGGAUGGAUGCGAGCGGCUACAGGACCUCUCAGAGCUGCUGCGUUGCAUCGGUGACUUGCAACAGCUGACAUCUUUGCAGCUCUCCUUGGCAGGCUGCAAAGGGCUGAUGGUGGAUUCGGACCUGGUCUUGCUGGGGAAGAGCCUUCGCCAGCUGCCAAAGCUCAGGCAGUUGUUCUUGGACUUGUCGGGUGCCAAGCGGAUCUUCUAUGUGAUCGAGCUGGGUAAAAGCAUUCGAUGCUUAAGGGAUUUGCAGGAGUUCCACUUGGACCUUUCCUUUUGCGUGAACCUCUCAGACAUCUCCCAUUUGGGCAACAGCAUCCGGAUCUUAUUGACUGAGACGACGUUCGGAACGGGACCCUUCAUGCUGAAGUUGGAAAAGUCCGGCGUUCGCAUCAAUCGUGAGAAGGUUGUGGGCUACGACACGGCCCAAGGCUUUGUGAAAGCCUUGGGUGUGAGGGCUUUGUCCGAUCCGGAGGAUGACGUGGGGCUGCAAGUGGAGAAGCCCCAGAGCACGGUCUGGCUGACGCACUUGGAGGAGAUGGCCAUCAAGCGGAGCUUCCGAUUACCCAUGGGCUGCCAAGGCUUUCACAAGGGAUGUCCUCGCCUCUACUGAGCGACUGGAUGGCCAAAUUAAAGAGCGCGGAAGAGCGGGGAUCAUGAGGUUUUGGAUGGUUUUGGUGG